AUGAACUCGGGUCGAGUGAACGCUUUCGCCACUCAACAACGACUGGACACCACAUGCGGAGGUGUUGGACCAGGACAGCCGUCUCUGGGGCAGUAUGCAACAAGCGGAUUUUGUGCAUCAGAGAAUAUGGCAUCCGGAAGGACGGAUUUCGACUUUCCAUCGGAUUUAUCGUUGAGUGACUUGCCGUCAACAAUAGCUGAUGCAGCACAGUCACAACAAGAGCAACAACAACAACAACAACAACAAGCAGCUCACCAGCAACAGUGUGCAGAAUUUAGAAGUUUCGAUCGUUCGGUUAAAGUGAGGAGUCUUAAUCUGAUGUUGAAAAAGUCAUCGGAAAAGAGCAAACAGCCAUUUUGCUGGCUUUAA